AUGAUCAGCUGGCAGCCACCGCCGCGAGGAUGGGCGAGCCUUAAUACCGAUGGCUCUGUGAUCCAAACGCCGGAGAGUACAGCAGCAGGUGGAGUCAUUCGUGAUGAAGAUGGGCGGCUACUUCGAGCGUUCACGAUGAACCUUGGAGGAGGAUCCAUUACUAAGGCUGAGAUCGCAGGUAUCACCCACGGGCUCCAAAUCGCUUGGGAUAUGGGUUUGAAGAAGGUCCAAGUCCAGACGGACUCAAAGAUUGCUAUGCAACUUCUGCAGGAGGCGAAUUCUAGUAAUCCCCAUCACUGUUUAAUCGCGGCUGCGCGGCGCCUCCUUGCUCGAGACUGGCAGGUGGAGAUAAUCCAUGUGUAUAGAGAGGGUAAUGUUGUUGCCGACUUUCUUGCUUCUUUAGGUCAUAGUCGAGGUGUUGGUUUGCAUGUUUUGAACCACCCAAACGCCUCUCUGAACUAUUGGCUUUCUUGUUGGGGAUCCAAACACCCCGUUUGA